AACGAGUCUCGACCAACUCCUGAAAUGUCCAGACCUCGGACCAACUUUGUGCGUUUGCACAAGGGAAUCUAGCCAUAGUGAAAGUGCUUGGCAUGCGUGGAUCAAAAAUUCCAUGCGGUUAGAAAAAAGUACUGUAAUAUCUCUCUAUCCAACAAAUUUACGGGACCACAGCAACUGAGACUGCUGCUGCUCCACCACCUCGCAUAUAUCCACUCAACAAGUCAUCCUUCCAAACACAAACAGGGAAUCACGAUGCCUGCCAUCCGCGGUCAAGAUUCGAAGAAGAAGACUCGCCGUCACACGCGCGAUCUGGACCAGAUUCACGACGACCUUCACAAGGAGAAGCAUCUCGAGAAAUACAAGAGCACAAAGGCUGCUGAGGACUUGCCUGGACUGGGACAAUUCUACUGUGUCGAGUGCUCGAAAUGGUUCGAGUCUGAGUCAAACUUGACUGCACACUCCAAGGGAAAGCCUCACAAGCGCAGAGUUCGUCAGCUCAAGGAGGAGCCAUACUCACAGAAAGAGGCUGAAGCUGCCGCCGGCCUGACCUGGACAGACAACGGCAAGCGCAAGGAGGACGACGAGAUGGCCGAGGCUACUUGAACAGUCGCACACUUCAUGCUCGGUGCAUAGCAAGACAUCAACCACUGCCACGCGCUCUCGUAGGCCUUCGACAAUCACAUAUCACCCAUCGCACGAUAGCGACUGCGCCGUGCCUUCCAAGCAAGAGUUUCAUCGCAGAUCCAGAUCAUGGCGAACGCUCCAGCUAUCGUCGGCAACAGGCAUCAAACAACCAAGGCACGUUCAGACCGCUAGUCCUGCCAAAGUAUGCUUCGCGCAUAUCAAUUCUCGGGCGAUCCCGGUUGGAGGAGAACGACAAAGCCGACGAGGCGGAGAAACUCUCGCGGAUCUGAAAAUCCAUGGAAAGAGACAGACCGACGAACUAUUUGCCAAGUGAUGAGAAUAGGAAGGAGGAACAUAUUUUAGAGCCGUGACUCGGUAGUUGCGACACUCGUGGAA